GAAUCUUUUGCAGCUCAUCCAUUGUGUGAGUAAACCUCAAACCACAGCCACAAUUCUACUGAAAUAGGCACACAGAAAUUACCAUAUGUCUCAGUACACUGAAAAAGAGCCAUCAGUGAUGGAUCAAGAAUCCAACAAGGGUGGUUGGCCCAAACCAGCAGGAGGAUAUCAGACAAUUACAGGCAGGCGAUAUGGAAGAAGACAUGCAUAUGUCAGUUUUAAACCAUGUAUGACCAGGCAUGAAAGAAACUUAGGUCGGGCUUUUGAUGACUACGAAGUAUUGGAACUGGAUGAUGUUCCAAAGGAAAAUUCCUCAGGUUCCAGUUCAUUGGAUCAAGUUCAUUCUUCCUUAUCUGAUGAACCUAUAUUUGAAAAUAGUGAAACAGGAACUCCCACUUGUGGUACAGCGUUGAACCAAAUUGUUGAGAGCAAUUCAUCCUUUGCUACAGAGCAUCAUAGUCAGGAAGGCAAGGAUACCUUAGGAAGCAGUAUAAAUCUUCACAGUCACUCUGAUACAGCAUAUAUUCCAGGAGCUUGUAAUGUCUCAACUGUCCAGAAUGGAAUUGCAUUGGUUUAUACUGACUCUUAUGAUCCAGAUGGCAACCAUGGAGAGGAAACUGACUGUCUUCAACUUUCUGCAGAAGUUGUGGAAAGUGGUGGAUAUCAGGAAGCAUUAGGUAGUACAGUAAUGGGGCUGGAAAAUGGCGAGGCAGAAGUAUUCACUGGUCUUUCACUGCCAGUUCCGGCUUUUAACUGUGAGAUAAGAGAGGAAUUUGAAGAGUUAGAUUGCACACCUUCAAUGAAAAGUUCUACUGAUGAUGCUGAGUUUAUCCAUCAGAGCAAGCAGGACUUUCAACAGUCCUCUUCUGAAGAUGAAUUUGUUAGAAAGACACAAGAUAAUAUUGACCAUGAGGAAAAACAGACAGAAAAUUUUCCUGAAGAUGCAGCCUGUGUUCCAGGGCAUAUUUGUAGUGAACAAAAUGCAGGUGAUAGGGACAGCAACUGUAGAAGUUCUCCUGAACAGGUAGUAAGGCCAAAAGUUAGGAAAGUGAUAAGUUCAAGCCAAGUGGAUCAGGAAGUAGGUUCAAACAGGCAUGAGGCUAAACAAAGAAGUGUACAAAGAUGGAGGGAAGCUUUGGAAGUUGAGGAAUGCAUCGGGGAUGAUUCUUUAAUAAAGUGUGAAGAAUUUGAUGGAGAACAUGAAUGUAUGUUUUUGGAUCCACCUUACUCAAGAGUUACAUCAAGGGAAACAGAACAUAGCAAUGUAACACCAGGAAGUGGAGCCACAGUAGGAACGCAAGAACGGGGUAACAACUUUUGGAAUGGCUGUGGAGACUAUUACCAACUCUAUGACAAAGAUGAAGAUAGUUCAGAAUGCAGUGAUGGGGAGUGGUCUGCUUCUUUGCCUCAUCGGUUUUCUGGCACAGAGAAAGAUCAGUCCUCAAGUGAUGAGAGCUGGGAGACACUGCCAGGAAAAGAUGAGAAUGAACCUGAGUUACAGAGUGAGAGCAGUGGUCCUGAAGAAGAAAACCAGGAAUUAUCUCUUCAGGAAGGAGAACAUACAUCUUUGGAAGAGGGAGAAAUCCCUUGGUUACAGUACAAUGAAGUGAAUGAAAGCAGCAGUGAUGAAGGAAAUGAGCCUGCCAAUGAAUUUGCACAGCCGGAAGCUUUCAUGUUGGAUGGUAACAAUAACCUUGAGGAUGACUCCAGUGUGAGUGAAGACUUGGAUGUGGACUGGAGUCUAUUUGAUGGCUUUGCGGAUGGACUGGGAGUUGCCGAAGCUAUUUCUUAUGUGGAUCCUCAGUUCCUCACCUACAUGGCACUAGAAGAACGCUUAGCCCAGGCUAUGGAGACUGCACUGGCACAUUUAGAGUCUCUUGCAGUGGAUGUGGAAGUGGCCAAUCCCCCAGCCAGUAAGGAGAGCAUUGAUGGGCUUCCAGAGACUCUGGUUCUUGAAGACCACACUGCUAUUGGUCAGGAGCAGUGCUGCCCCAUCUGUUGCAGUGAGUAUAUUAAGGAUGAUAUUGCAACCGAGCUGCCCUGUCACCAUUUCUUUCACAAACCAUGUGUCUCAAUUUGGCUACAGAAGUCGGGAACAUGCCCUGUGUGCCGCCGUCAUUUCCCACCUGCAGUUAUUGAAGCAUCUGCAGCUGCUUCCUCGGAGCCUGAUCCUGAUGCCCCACCUUCAAACGACACUACUGCAGAAGCCCCCUAAAUCUAAAAGUUGCGAUGAAAUCAGUCUAUCAAAGUAAAUCUGCAAAUUCCUUCUAAGUCUGAUGUGCAAAUAAUUAUAUAUAAAUAUAUUUAAAGUGCUAUAUAUAGUAUAUGCCAUAGUUUAGAAAGAGAGUAAUAGCCUUUCUAAACUGAGUUUAGGUUUGCAGAAAGUACUCAACAUUUUCAAGCUGAAUGUUCAAACAGUGCAUCCAUUUUCUUUAGUUGAGUAUGUUGGUAUUAAGUGUAAAGUCAAGCUUAUCAGUCAACGCUCUCCAAAAGAAAUAGUCAUCUAUGUGGCACAUGUUACUGGUUUUGUCUAAAGUAUGCCACUAAGAGAUUAUAAUUAAGCUCUCCUAUUCGCUCAAAUGUGAACCGUGAACACAAUAGUAAAAUUGGUUUCAUUUGGAAAUAAGAUGAAUUCUAAAGCAUGCUUUUGCACUGAUCCCUUUGCUUUUGCUAAAUUGAAACCUCUUAGUUUAUAAAUACUGAGAAGUUUUUUAGGAAAUUGUCGAUACUUCUGUCUUGGUUUAAAAUAAGGACUAUUUAAGUGCCUGGCAAUGGGCUAAAUUUGGCCAAAAUAACACAAAAAUUUAAAUCUUAGAUAUAACCCCUCCUGAAAUGGCUAGACGUUAAAAUUCAGUAAACAGUGGAUGUGCUUCAAAUAAGGUCAAUGAGGCAAAUGAGGAAUUUAAUACUCAAUGUUUGGUACAGUAAGAUGAAUUUGAUAGUCUUAUAAAACUCUCUUCAGUGCUUAUCGAACUGUUUCUACUUGGUAAAAGUUAAACUUGAAAGUUCAGAGCACACUUGGCACAUUUGUUUAGUAAGCAUUGGAUAGUUUGUUUCAGGUAACUUUGGUUCUGAAAUAUUUUGGAAGGUCUGAAAACUUGCAUAGAGUCACCUUUAUAAUUAUAUAACUCCCAGUGAAAAUGAAAUGACUUCGUAGGUGAUCACAUGCAACAGGCAAGUUUGUAUACACGCAGGCAUAGUAAUUAACUUAUAGAUGUGAUUUGCUAUGAACACUAUAGAACAGUGGCUUUUAGAAUAUCACAGUUGAGCAAGUAAAAUAGUAAAGCACACAAUGAGUGUAUAUCCAUUCAAGUGGUUCACUGAAAUUUAGUUUGGAAAAUAUUUAUGUGACUUCCCAAAUGCAGAAUUACAUUUAUUUGUGUAAUUUCUCUGAAUAUUUAUAUUCUGUCUCUUUUCUCCAGUCUUAAAAUUAAAUGAAUUUUCACUGUUGGUACAUUUGAGGCUCUUAAAAGUAUAAGGAACAUAACACUUGCAUUCUAAUUUUUGCAAAUAUUGUAAAUGUGUCUGGUAUUUACAGCAAAAUACUGUAUCCUUUUAUGGGUAAAACAAAAGUGAGCAAUGCAUGCAUGAAAUGUGGUGAAUUUGUAAUUUAGGGGUUCUUUGGGGCUUCUGUGACUUUGGAAAUGCUUACAUUCAAGCCUUAAUGUUGCAUUAGCUAGCAUGUUUUCCUUCUGAUGUAUAUAAACUGUUAUAUAAACUAAUCUCUGCUUGUUUUCUACUAUGUGAUCUUUCCAUGCCAUAUUCAUCGAUGAUCAGUUAGUGUCAAGGAGUCAAAUCAGAUUGCAAUUAAUUCUUAUGUGUAUAUUGUGGAAAUUUGUGGCUAGUGUGAUUUUGUUGUUGUUGUUGUUUCAUUUUCUUUUCAAGUAGUGUUAAUCUGUUGUAACACUUACUGGUUAAACUUAAAAUUGCUUCAGAUUUCUCUGUAAUAAGCCACACACUAUAUUUAGAUAGUAUUAAGGGACCUUGGUUUUCUUCUCCUAGAUAGCAGCUGUCCCAAAGAAAAUAUUUCUUCUUUGUCUGUUACAAUUUUGCUGUUAUCUGCCAGUUGUUAAGAGAUUUUUUUUUAUUUCUAAAUUCAACCAGCAGUGUUGAGCUAAACAUCAGAGCUGUUGUUCUUUUUGCUCCAUCUGUUACUGUCCUUUACUGUUGGCUCCUUACCUUCAAAUGGCUGCUAUAAAGGAGAAAAGUUGAAUGAGAGUUGGGUUAAAUUUUUUAAAAAGAAUAUGGAAAUUUUAGGACUUUAUGGAAAUAAGCCAGUAGAAGCUGAGGCUGAUAAGUUCAGACCCCAAAAUAUUGAUCUUAUCUUGGAUCCUUUUGAAAAAGUUAUGAAUAUAUGAAGGUAUAUUAGAAGUAGAUAUGAAUAUUAAUAAAAUAUUGUUUAUCUUAUUUCUCCAUGUUGUAAUGAUCUAAUAAUUUUAUUUUUUGAACAUUUUCUUAUUUCUUAUAAUAUGAAUGCUGAUAUUUAAGUUAGAUUUAUGUGGUUUUCUUUUGUGUUUCAUAAUCGUUUAUCACAAAGCUAACUAACUCUUUAAGAUUAUUUGUGAUCUGGAUUUAUAUAUAAGCUGUUAAAUAUAUAUGAACUGUUAAAAUGGAAUGCAAGUUUUUCAAAAGCCCAGGUCUAAAUGUAAUAAUUGGUUUAUUGUUCUAUAACCCCAGCCCAUCAUUUUCUGUGUAAAUCAUAAACAAUAAACAGGAUAUACUCAGUGGUUA